AUGACAGGAGGUAAUGUGGAGGGCGAAGAUGGCGGCGGUAACAGUAGUGGCAGCCUUCUCUUCGACGGGAAACAGUUCUGGUUGUCUCACAACAUUCCUCAAAGGAGCAGAUUCAAAGAGUUGAUUGAGUCCAAUGGUGGUAUUGUAAGGCUUCAGGAGAAAGAUGCAGAUAUCAAACUGGUGGAUCAUACAAGGAAAAAUCUCCCAACCGACACAUACUCUUUCAAAUUUGUGGAAGACUCUGUCCGGAGAGGAGAACUGGCAGACCUGGAAGCUUACAGAGCUGGACCUUCCGCGCCGCGGCCUGUGGGAGCAACACAUAUCUCAACUAGAGCUCACAAAGUCGCAUAUUCACUACAAGAUGACCAGCUGCUAUGGGACUGGGUGCAACCGUAUGAGAAAGAUCCAAGGGCCCCAAUCAGCGGUAACCUGAUUUACAAACAAUUAGCGGAGAAGCAUCCACGACAUACUUGGCAAUCGUACCGUGAUCGAUAUUUGAAGAGACUUCGUGGAAAAUCACGUCCGGGGGGCGUGCCAGAGUCCACAGGUCAGGCUCCCAAUCUGCCGGAGAGCACUAUGAGACAGUCCCAGGUCCCUAGCACUACCUCAGCAAAGUCCCAUGAGAGACGUUCUGAGAAUGCUCCUGAGACUACAGAAAGGGUAGAAGCCAGAAAAAGAAAAAGAAGUCCUGAGGUCGGCGAACCAGACCGGAUCGAAGGGCAGGGAACACAUGAUCGACCGAAGAAAAGGCCAACACUGGCAACCCUACCUGAGAAGAGCAUAUCUACUGCUCGUCAUAGAGUACUUGAGGAGCACCCCACUCAUACCGAACCAGUCGUAACUACAGUUUCGAAACGUACGGAUCAACAAAGGAAUGAAGAACCGAAACCAAAGGAUACGGGAGGUGCCACCAUGGCACACUCUCACAAAACCCAGCUGCCAAUCGAAAAUGCGGAUAGUAUCCCUGACAAUUUCCUGUUAGAACUGCCGUUCUUUCCCUCAAGUCCGGAGUCUCAAGGAGAACCCUCUCAAGAGGAAGACAUCGACACAUGGAUCGAAGACCGUCUGCGAACAGGCAAGGCAAAUAACGAGGAACAAGUCAUUGAGGCUCUACAGUGUACCAGCAUGGACCCAAGCUUAGCCGACAAGGUUCUAGAAUACCUUGCUGCUGGUAAAGGCAUUCCCAAGGACAUGCCUGGCGUUUGGACACCUGAAGAUGAUGAAUGUGUGGAAGUGGGCAACAGCCGCGCUGUCGAACGAGUCUUGAAGAAGCAUGGAUCAGAGGCCUUCGAAGCGCGGUGGAAUUAUCUUAGCAUGGCCAGGGCCGCGGGCCUUUCUGGAGGCAUGGGCGAUUGA